AUGACGAGCCAACUUUCUAUGGCUAAGUCGUCUCGACGAGGGCGCGAAUCUUCUCCUACCCCCCCUAACCCGCCGGCCAAGAAAAUGAAAACUUCUGGUGGGCUUCCCGUUCCUGUGCUUUGUGGGACAGACCUCACAAUAGAGAAGUUUGAUGGCCUUGAAAAGUCGGCUCGGGAGAAUCACUUUCAGUAUAUGAAGGAAACAAUUCGACAAUACGAGAACUUGUCAAAAUCAUUGCCACGAAUUGACAGAAAAAUCUUUGAAGAAGGGGAUGAUCGAUUAAGUCAGGAAGAGCAGGAGCAAGCCGCCAAGCAAACGGAAUAUCUCAACGAUAUAUGGGAGUUGAGACUUGAGGAAGAAGUGGAAGAGUUCAACAAUAUAUCGGAAUUGAGACGUGAUACCCCACACAGAGUGACUAGAUGGGAUGAUGAUAAUCUUUAUUGGAUUCCCAAAAAGUCUUUGUUUACGCACUGCACCAGGAGAUAUGCGAAACAAUAUGGAUUCAACACCCAAGGUUUACACCCCCACAUCUCUUCACAGCUCCUCAUGUAUCGCCUGGCUCUUUUUUUGCGCAAGCUGCCGAUUAAAGAGUCUGAUGGUUAUAAGUCUUGCUGGGAAAUACACAUUUUCCACUCAGGCAAGCAAAGCUUUUUAAGGUUUUGGGAUUCUAAAGGCUCUGCGAGAGUUGCUUUUGAUGGUCUUCAAGAGUCUGAAAACGACGCUCUUGAACUACUUAAUGUUCUUACAAAGUGGGAUUUUCCUCAUACUUACGAUGGAGUGAUUGCAGGGAGAAUGGCCUAA